GGAAGAGAGGCGACCAUCUGUACUAAUUCGCUAUCUAGCAUGCUGCCAUCUAGCAUGCUCCGAACCCCUGUGUGUAUCCGUAACUCGGGGAGUGUAGUUUCUUUGGAUGGAGGCACCCAUAGUUGUAUGGAUCUGUGCAAAACUGCUACAGUGAUUACAGACUUACAGAAACAGACAGUGGAAGGUCACCAUGGAUCUCGGUGAGUUUGAAGCAGACAACUCGGUGAGCUGUCGCCUGGCUUCAGCAAUACCCGACGUCUGCAAGACAGAAGACUGCUGUUUGGGUAUCGAUGAAGCCGGCAGGGGGCCUGUACUGGGACCCAUGGUCUACGGAAUAUGUUUCUGUCCCGUCGCCAAAAAGGAAGCUCUGAAGGACUUAAAAGUGGCAGACUCGAAGACAUUGACUGAGGCCCAGAGAGAGGAUCUAUUCCGCAAGCUGGACGAGGCCAAGAGCUUUGUAGGCUGGGCUCUUCAGAUUCUCUCACCCAACACUAUCUCUACCAGCAUGCUGCAGAGGUCAAAAUACAACCUGAAUGCUCUCUCUCAUGACGCAGCCAUUGGCCUGGUACAGUUCGCCCUGGACAGUGGAGUGCAGCUCAAAGAGGUGUUUGUGGACACGGUGGGUCCUGCAGAGAAGUACCAGGAGAAGCUGUCCCAGCGGUUCCCCGGGGUGGAAGUGACCGUACGACCCAAAGCUGACUCCCUCUUCCCCAUAGUCAGUGCUGCCAGUAUCUGUGCCAAGGUGGCCAGGGACCAUUCAGUAAAAGACUGGAACUUCCCAGAAGACCUAGGAGAGGUGGAUGCAGACUACGGCUCUGGCUACCCCAACGACCCGAAGACGAAGGCGUGGCUGUUGAAGGAGCUUGACCCGGUGUUUGGCUACCCUCAGUUUGUCAGGUUCAGCUGGAGCACCACACAGACCCUGCUGGACAGCAAGGCUGUCACCGUACACUGGGAUGAUGAUGAGGAGGAUGGUGAGAAGGCCGCAGCCCGUCAGAACAACACCUCCAUGCUCUCCUACUUCAAGACAGGCUCCAAGACCUCCGCCCAGCAGGGCAACACACACCAGACACACCGCUUCUUCACAGAGAGGAGACUGCAGAGCCUGGCCACACUCUGAGACAAGGAGAGGAAUA